AUGGAAUCACACUCGAGACAGGCGGAUUAUAAUGAGACGUUGCGCAAAGUUUCCAACAGUCUAGAAAAUACGCUCAACACCUUUGGGCCCUCCUCGAUGCAGUACCAUGCUGUUCUUGAGAUCCUAAAAGAAUGCCUGCGAGAUAUCGAGAAUGAGAAGGGAAAGCGCAUUGAGCAGGUGGUCGAUCCGGAUAUGUUGAGCGUUGCAAUGGGCUUUCUGGCGAUCAAAGAAUGA